GGACAUUCGAUUUCCACCAGCUCACAGCGCAUCGCGGCUGGGCGUCAUGAACAUCCUACGGAACCCUUUUAGAACUUGUGUUCGUAGGACUUUUGCAACUGCACGUCCUUAUGUGCCCCCAGCCCAGUUAGAAGACGUUCAACCAGCCUUCACUGGCAGACACGGUGACGCCGGGGACGCCUCCGCCGACUCGAGCACCGGUGGUCGACGACGACGAGGCCCAGUCCCACCAGCCUCUCCCAGCUUCUACACCACGCGCCCAGAGUACUACGACCAAGUCGCCCAGCUCGAAAAAGCCAUCUCAUCCACCGGAAACGCCCUCCGACGUGUCCAACUUCUCCCGCUUCCCGCCUUUGCUCGGGCCAGCCUCCCCGUUGUGCACCCAGUCUGGAAAACCAAGGAAGAGAUGUCUUCAGAAUUCCAAACCAAAAUGACGCUCUCACGGUACCGCAAAGUCACCAAACUCUUGAAUGAGCUGAACGACUACUACCGGAUCGCGAAUACCGCUGGCGUGGCCGAGAUUUCAAGGAGUCUAGAGGGCAUUUUGUCCAUCUUUGAAAGCUCGAAGAAGGAUGCGUACCUUGCGCGAGGGAAAAGGAAGAAGGUUGAACUGGACGUUUAUGGUCGUUCGUAUACCGUCGGAAAGCGAAAGACGAGUUCUGCUCGAGUAUGGAUGAUUCCUGUCCAACACCCAGCUCUUGAAGAGACUCGGCCGUCCGAGGCUGCUUCCGAAGGGGAAAUCUCCACCUCGACCACUCCUACGCCUAAUCCCAUCCCCACCACCACUAUCCUCGUCAACAACAUUCCCAUGAACGAAUUCUUCUUCCUCCCAGCCGACAGAGAGAGGAUAACCCGACCCCUCAAGGUUGCUGGCGUUCUCGGGAAAUACAACAUCUUUGCUAUCGUUCGUGGAGGAGGAACUACUGGCCAAUCCGGUGCUCUGGCCCAUGGCAUUGCCAAGGGCAUCGUCGCACACGAGCCCGACCUCGAAACCCUCUUCAGGAAAGCCAAACUUACUAGACGUGAUCCUCGUAUGGUGGAGAGGAAGAAGACCGGUCUCGCCAAGGCUCGCAAGAGGUACACCUGGGUCAAGCGGUAG